AUGUUUGUUCGUCAAGUUCUUCAGCUUACCUCCCUUUGCACCCUGGUUCAUGCCCAUGGAUAUCUCAGCAAGCCCAUGAGCCGUACCGGGCUUAACGCAGAGGCCGGUCCAGAUACAUGCCCCGAGUGCACCAUCCUUGAACCUGUAACCGCCUGGCCAGACCUUGACUCCGCUGAAGUCGGCCGCACCGGUCCAUGCGGCUACAAUGCUAGAGUCAGCGUCGACUACAACCAACCCGGCCCAAACUGGGGCAAGAAACCCGUCGCUACAUACUCACCCGGCCAAGUCAUUGACGUACAAUGGUGCGUUGACAAUAACGGUGAUCACGGAGGCAUGUUCGCCUAUCGUAUCUGUCAAGAUCAAUCCAUUGUCGACAAAUUCCUCGAUCCGGACUACAUACCUACCCAAGCUGAGAAGCAAGCUGCGGAAGAUUGCUUCGAAGAAGGCCUUUUGCCCUGCACUGAUGUCGAUGGACAGACCUGUGGAUAUAGUCCUGACUGUUCGCCUGGUCAGCCAUGUUAUCGCAAUGACUGGUUCACGUGCAAGUCGUUCGAUGGGAAUCAGGACGGCAAGGGAUGUCGCGGUGUUGAUAAUGCGCCGAUCAAUUCGUGUUAUACAUCCAUUGCUGGAGGCUACACUGUUUCUGGAAAGAUCAAAAUUCCAGAGUAUGUGUCAAACCACACUCUCCUUUCUUUCAAGUGGAAUUCGUUCCAGACGCCUCAGGUUUACUUGACUUGUGCUGAUAUCGCGAUUACCGAGUGA